AUGGGGUGUGACAAAAACGCAAUUCACUGGAGACGGUAUGUGUCUGCUUUCUUGAUCUUUUCCACUAUUCUGAACUCAGCGCUAUCCAUUACGCAUUAUUCAAUACCAGAAGAGAUGGAAAUAGGCAGCGUUGUUGCAAAUUUGGCUGCAGAUUUGAACCUUGACGUGAAAACACUGAGCAGAAGGAAAAUGCGACUGGAUAACAUCGCUAACAAGAAAUACCUUGAGAUAAACAAAGAGACGGGUGAGCUCUUCAUCUUAGAAAGAAUCGACAGGGAAUAUAUAUGUAAUAUGAAAUCAGAAUCAGCAUGUGUUCUGAAGCUACACGCCAAUAUUGAGAAUCCUGACCGAAUGUUCAACAUUGAGGUGGAAAUACUGGAUAUCAAUGACAAUGCGCCGCAUUUUCGAAGAGACACAAUGCAUUUGGACAUAUCCGAGUCCACGCCUGCUGGGGAACGAUUCUCUUUGACCAAUGCUGUGGAUCCCGAUAUUGGGUCGAAUUCCAUCAAAACAUAUCGUCUUAGCGAGAGUGAUCAUUUCAGCAUUGAAAUACAAACUGGUCGAGACGGAUCUAAAUUUCCAGAUCUAAUAUUAAAGAAAGCACUUGAUCGCGAACAGCAAAGUGUACAUACUUUAAUACUCACAGCUGUGGACGGAGGGAUACCUGCACGUUCUGGUACAGCCAGCAUUAUUAUCAGGGUCUCGGACACGAAUGAUAAUGCACCGAAGUUUGAUAAGGAAAGCUACACAAUAGAAUUACCGGAAAACUCCCCUAUUGGUAGCCUAGUUGUGAAACUAAAUGCAACAGACCAGGACGAAGGUUCCAAUGCAGAGAUAACGUACAUAUUCAGCUUGUAUACAUCCGAGAAAACACAACAAACAUUCUCUUUAAAUCCUGAUAACGGUGAGAUCCGAGUCAAAGACAUUAUAAAUUAUGAAGAUUUUAAGAUUUACGACAUGGAGGUAGUAGCACAGGACAAAGGCACAAAUUAUUUGUCAGAGAAAUGUAAAUUAACCAUAUUAAUUUCUGAUAUGAAUGACAAUCAUCCCGAAAUUUCAGUGAAAUCAUUUCAAAGUACAGUAAAGGAAGAUGUUGACUUGAACACAGUCAUAGCUGUUGUAAGUGUUAGUGACAAGGACUCUGGCGAUAAUGGCAUUGUUGAUAUUAAAAUUAACGACAACUUGCCAUUCGCCCUGAAAGAAUCUUCAGAUAACUACUAUGAAUUAUUAGUGGCAAAGCCUUUGGACCGAGAAAAGGUACCCGAAUAUGAGAUAACUAUCACAGUGACUGAUAGAGGCACGCCACCGUUGUCUGACAACGAGACUAUAACUUUAGAACUUCUUGAUGUUAACGAUAAUGUUCCCAAAUUUAAUCAAACGUUCUACACGAUACCUGUGACUGAGAAUAAUGCACCUGGAGCACUGCUGGCUUUAAUUACAGCUGUGGAUCCUGACCUGCAUGAAAAUCAAUACUUGGUUUAUUUCAUUAUAGAAAAAGAAAUAGCAAACACCUCCAUGUCCAUGCUGUUCUCCAUUAACCCAGAGAAUGGUCAUCUUUACGCACUGAAGACGUUUGACUAUGAGAUAGAGAAGGAGUUUCUUUUCCACGUCGAGGCCAGGGAUUCAGGUGUACCUCCACUUAGCAGUAAUGUCACAGUCCACAUCAUCAUCAAGGACCAAAAUGACAACACUCCUGUGAUAGUGUCUCCAUGGCGUGCGCACGGCUCUGUGGUUGAAGAAAAGAUUCCCAGAAAUACAGACAAAGGAUCUCUCAUAUCUAAGGUGAUUGCUAUCGACACAGACUCCGUGCACAACUCCAGAAUCACAUAUCAGUUUCUCCAGAACACCGACGCUACGUUGUUCAGCCUGGACCAGUACAAUGGAGAGAUCCGAACCAUGAGGAUGUUCAGCUACAGAGACGCGCGUCACCAGCGCUUAGUGGUGAUCGCCAAGGACAAUGGAGAGCCUGCGCUCUCUGCCACUGUGACCAUCAAACUCUCCACGGUGGAGACCGCCAUGAAGUCCUACUCUGACAUGACUGAAGUUCCAAUAGAGUACGACAUAUUUUCGGACUUGAAUCUCUAUCUGGUGAUUGGACUGGGCUCAGUGUCGUUCCUGCUACUCAUCACCAUUCUGGUCACCAUCGUGCUGAAGUGUCAGAAACCGAAGCCCAGUAAAUCACUUCCUCCAAGCAGGAACAGCGUGGCCAGUAGCGUGGACAGGAACUCAGGCUUUGCAGACUCCACUCUGGUCUCCAAUGACGCCUACUGGUACAGUAUGUUCCUGGCGGAGACCCGUAAAGGGAAGCUGGUUGUGCGCCAACCGGCGCCAAAGGGGCAGCGAUACAUCGUCUCCAGCCUGCCAAGAAGUAUAGGUCUGACUGAGACGAGUGGUUCAGCUACUUCAACGCUACAGGUAAGACUGCAACGAUACGUAUCGAGAUAA